CAAUCAAGAUGGCCACCUAAUUUGGGAGCUACAAGUUUUCACACGCUAUACCCGCACACAGGACUCGGCAACAACUUUAGUUUAGUUUAUUACCUCACAAGUAGUGAUAUAAAUUCGCUUUCCAUCGGUUCACAAUGAAGUCGGACGUGGAGGAGUUAAUGCCGAGGAUGCUGCCCGUUGAGUUCGAAGCCGGUGCGCAGGACCUGGACCUGAAUGGACCACCGAGAAACCCCCGGGAGUACCUCCGACAAGUCCAGUUGGAGGCGUCACUGUGCCCAGAGGUGGUGGUUGCUCAGAUUGACCCCAAGAAACUGAAGAAGAAACAAACAAUCAAUGCCUCUGUGGCGGGCUGCCAUGCCGCUCCAGAGGGCUUCUCCCCCAGCCUCGGAUGGCAGCAGCACCAAGUCAGUAACUUCUCAGAUGUCAGGCAGAGCAUCACAAAGAACAGGAGUCACUGGAGUGGCCACACUCUGGAUGACAAUGUGCUGAUGCCGAACCUGACGGAUGAAGAGGGCUGGAGGAGGUUCUGUUUAGGGGAGACGGUCUGUCUGGCCACUGCGUCCUGCCACACAGAUGUUGGACCAGAGCCGGCGCUAGAUUACAGCAAGGUGGGCUUCCCCCCCUUCCUCACCAUCGUCAGCAGACUGAACCAGUCCACUGUGCUGAUGGUGUUGGAAACUCUAACCUGCUGGUUUGAGGAACACCAGUUUGUUCCACAGCUGGGUUGCUGGUUGUACGCCUUGCUGGCCUGCCUGGAGAAGCCCCUGCUGCCCGAAGCCCACUCCUGCAUCAGACAGCUGGCCAGGAGAUGUGCCGAGCUUCGCAGCGCACUGGAGAGUCAAGAGGAUGAAAAACUGCCUGCCCUCAACCUGCUCAUCUGUCUUGUUGCCAGAUACUUUGAACAGAAUGACCUGGCAGACCAGCCGGACUGACCGUUGAGUAGAACAUCCAGAUGUGGAGGACCGGGUUGCAACUCUAACAGGAAACACAUGGACAGUUGAAGAUGUUGACUCUAAAACAAAAACAAACGGUUCCAAGGAUGCAUCCGAGGAGAGGGCUGUGGCCAGUUUGCAAAUCACGGUGAAAGUUGAGGAUGAGAAAAUAAUCAAGAUCUGGAGUGUAAAGAGGUUUGAAUUCACCAGGUGAUUUGGAUUUCUGCUGACAUUACCGGAGCCAAAGCACCCGAUGGUUUUCUGAUUCUGUGCAUUUUGUUCUGGGGUUUAUGAUGUAUGGAGUUUUCUAUUAAACUUAUUUACUACC